AGGUUUCCGUCCCGCUCACCUGGCACUCCACACACCGCAUAACAACCACUUGCUCCAGCCCGCCCGUACAUUAGGGGCUUCUCCUCUUUCUCCAGCUUGACUCCCAAGAUGCCUCAGUUACUGCGAAACAUUAAUGGGAUCAUUGAAGCCUUCGGGCGAUACGCCAGGACGGAGGGCGACUGCGCGGUGCUCACCCGAGGGGAGCUGAAAAGGCUCCUGGAGCAAGAGCUUGCUGACGUCAUCGUGAAACCCCAUGAUCCAGCCACUGUGGACGAAGUCCUGCGCCUGCUGGAUGAAGAUGACACAGGGACAGUGGAAUUCAAGGAAUUCUUGGUCUUGGUGUUUAAAGUUGCCCAGGCCUGUUUCCGGACACUGAGUGAGAGUCCUGAGGGAGCUUGUGGAUCUCAGGAGUCUGGAAUCCGCGUGCCUGCAGCCUCCCAGGACCUGGGGGGAGGACAAAGAAGUGGCACAUCCGUGGGAAGGGUUGGGAGAGGACAGGACAAUGCAGGGAGUGGCAGUGCACAGAGUGAGCAGGCCUCCAGAGGACAGGGCGGGCCUGGGCCUCAGACCCAAGGUCAGGACAUCAGUGCUGCUCAGGUCAGUCACCAGGACAACCAGUCUGAGUCCCAGAGACAGGAGGGAACCAGCCAGUUGACACAAACCAGGGGCCACGUGGAGCAGCCCCAGAGAGUGUGCAAGGACAGGAGUCCUCAGACCAGAGAGAGGGACGCGGAGGGGCAGCCGCAGACCAGGGAACAGGACAGAGCCCCGCAGACAAGUGGGACCGUCCCAGGAACCAGAUCUCAGACCCAGACACACACCCAGACUGAGGAGCAGGACAGGAGCCAUCAGACAGGAAGUGCCAGCGUCCAGCCGCAGGAGUCCACCUAUGGCCAGACCAGGGAGACUGAGAUUCAUGGUCAAGAUGGGAGUCAGACAAGCCAAGUGGGGACAGGAGGACACAUUCAGACACAGGCAGGGUCACAAACCCAGACCGUGGAGCAGGACAGGAGCCAUCAGACAGGAAGUGCCAGCAUCCAGCCACAGGAGCCCACCUAUGGCCAGACCAGAGGGACUGAGACCCACAGUCAAGACAGGAGUCAGACAAGCCAGGUUGUGACAGGAGGACAUGUGCAGACACAAGCAGGGUCACAAACCCAGACACACACCCAGAUCGCGGAGCAGGACAGCAGCCGUCAGACAGGAAGUGCCAGCAUCCAGCCACAGGAGUCCACCUAUGGCCAGACCAGGGGGACUGAGACCCACAGUCAAGACAGGAGUCAGACAAGCCAGGUUGUGACAGGAGGACAUGUGCAGACACAAAGAAUCGUGGAGCAGAAUAGGAGCCAUCAGACAGGACAUGCUACUAUCCAGACACAGGAGUUUGCUAGUGGCCAGACCAGAGGGACUGUGACCAAUGGUCAGGACAGGAGUCAGACGAACCAGGUAGUGAUAGGAGGACACUUUCAGACACAGGAGGUGGCACCCAGACCAGUGGAGCAGGGCAGCAGCCAUCAGACAGGAAGUGCCAGCAUCCAGCCACAGGAGUCCACUUGUGGCCAGACCAGGGGGACUGAGACCCACAGUCAAGACAGGAGUCAGACAAGCCAGGUUGUGACAGGAGGAUACGUGCAGACACAAGGUAUCACCGGGACUGUGGAGCAGGAGAGCAGCCAGACUGCAGGCCACACAGGGGCUAGAGAUCAGGGCCAGACUGAGAGGCAGUCAGGCAGUGGUCAAAGACAGACACAAGAGAGCAGCAAUGCGGCAGGAGAGACGGUGCUGGGAGGACAGGCCCAGACUGGGGCGAGCACGCCAACAGGCAGACAGGACGGCUGCAGCACUCACCCCACGUGCCGUGUGACAGGAGGGCAGGGAGAGAGCGAGCCCACCACCGAGGUUAAACAGGAGUGGGUGGAUGACCUCGCAGGGGAGACAGUGAUCCCAAGGCAGGACCAGGGCAGCCUGCACACCAGGGUGCCUUCAGCACAAGGCGGGGAGGCAGCCCAGCCAGAAGGGAACCGAGGCCUCACAGCCAGGGGGCUGUAUUCCUACUUCAGAAGUGGCAAGCUAUGAGUGUCCCAGCCCUGGCCUCCGGGGGCCAGCACGGGGAGGAGAGCAGAGUGCGGUUGGCGUGUACAGCUAGCAUGUCCCCAGACAUCAGCUCUUCAUCGCGGAGCUCCUCUCUUCGGUCUUUCUCAGUGAGACUGUUUCUGUAAGGUGCUGUGUAUCCUAAACUCUUCUCUUACCUGCUUUGCUGUGCAGACCCUCUCCAGAGUCAUCCGCUUGGGCCAAACUUUCCUUAGUCCAUGGGGGUUUUCAGAGCUACUUUAAUUUCUGCCAUCUGGCCAUUGCCCCGUCUAUCCUAAGGCAUCAAUAAAACCUUCCUAAGCAA